AUGCCCUCCAAACUAUUCCAACCCCUCCAAAUUGGCCAAACAACUUUAUCACACCGCGUGGUAAUGGCUCCCCUAACCCGCCUACGCGCCGAUUCAUUCCACGCGCCGCUCCCAAUAUCAAAAACAUACUACGAACAACGCGCCUCAGUACCAGGAACACUGCUGAUCGCCGAAGCAACCCUGAUCUCCCCGUCAAGCGGUGGAAUUCCCAACGGACCAGGAAUCUACACAGAAUCGCAAGUCCAAGCCUGGAAAGAGAUCACAGAUGCCGUGCACGCCAAGGGGAGCUACAUCUACUGCCAAUUUGUCGCGCUUGGUCGAGCUGCCGAUCCAACCACCUUAGAGAAGGAGGGUGAAUAUGAGGUUCUCGCUCCGAGUGCUAUUCCUAUUCCAAAUGAAGCUGGGAGGGCUGUGCCUAAGGAGUUGAGCGAGGAGCAGAUUCGGGGUAUUAUUCAUGACUUCGGAAUUGCCGCGAAGAAUGCUAUUCGGGCUGGGUUUGAUGGGGUGGAGGUUCAUGGUGCCAAUGGGUAUCUUGUUGAUCAGUUCUUGCAAGAUGUGUCGAACAAGCGGGGUGAUCAAUGGGGUGGGAGUGUUGAAAACCGCGCCAGAUUCGCGAUUGAGAUUGCUGAGACAUUGGUUGAAGCUGUUGGAGCUGACCGUGUCGGGUUCCGUCUUAGUCCGUGGAAUACAUGGCAGGGGAUGAAGAUGGAUGACCCGGUGCCUCAAUUCUCUUAUCUUGCUGAGCGGUUGAAGGGGCUUAAGCUUGCAUAUCUUCAUCUUAUUGAGUCAAGGGUGAUUAAUAAUGUUGAUUGUGAGAAGGCCGAGGGACUUGAGUUCCUUUUAGAUAUUUGGGAGAAGACUUCUCCUGUUCUUGUGGCUGGUGGAUAUAAGCCUGAGAAUGUUGAUGCUGCUUUUGAGGAGUACAAAGGCAAUGAUGUUGCUGUUGUGUUUGGGCGGCACUUCCUUGCGAAUCCUGAUUUACCUUUCCGGUUAAAACAUCAGCUUCCGCUCAAUAAGUAUGAUCGGGAUAGUUUCUAUGCUGCUAUGCAGGAAGCCGGAUAUGCGGAUUAUCCAUUCAGUGCGCAGUUUCUGGAGAGCGAGCGUUGA